UGCAGAUUAAUGGGAGUUGGCCCAACCGGAACAUUAGUUGGCCCCAUUCCGGUCCAUCCACCAUGAAGGCAUGAACCCGUCAUAAACCAACUCCGCUUCAUUGUUCAACGGCGGCGUACCAGGCUAUAGCUGCAAUUGCGCAAUAGGAGCCACCGCCUCCUUGCUGUUUCCAGUGUGCAGUCCAUCUGGCUGCUUCACCCGAGCCACAGUCGUCCCUGAAGUGUGCACCUCCACGUACCCAUUAACCCAAGUUCGUUGGUAGUGCUACUUUGCUGCAAAUUCCCGAAGGUAAGUUUUGAUUUUGGUUCAAAAUUCUGCAAUCACGUAUAUUUUUAUCUUGCUCCAUUUUCCCCAAACAGUCUGAAAAUAACAUUGAACAUGAAGUUCGCUUAAUUUGCAAAUGGACUACGAUGAAUCUUUGGCGCCAAAAUUGUCUCCAAAAAAAUCUGAAACUUUACCUACCAUUAGAACUCUCCACUCUGACCGGAAAGUUUCUAUCAACCUGUGUUUCCUACUCGAAGCUAUUAUCACAGCUUUCCCAAGCCAGGUCCCUUAACCCCGGUCUCCGACUCCACGCCCACUUAACCAAAAUGGGGUUAUCCGAAGACCCUGCACACAGGAAUCAUUUUGUCAGCUUGUACUCGAAAUGUAAACUGUUUCGAUAUGCCCGGAAGCUGAUCGAGGAAAAUCCCGAACCAGACUUGGUUUCUUGGUCGUCUUUGAUAUCCGGAUAUGUGCAGAAUGGCCUUGGUAAAGAAGCGCUUUUGGCUUUCUGCGAAAUGCAUAAAAUGGGAAUUAAGUGUAACGAGUUUACCUUUCCUAGCAUACUCAAGGCUUGCGCAAGUACCAAGGAUUUUGUCCUUGGGAAUCAAGUUCAUGGGGUUGUGGUGGUCACUGGGUUUGAAUCCGAUGUUUAUGUUGCGAAUACUUUAGUAGUUGUAUAUGCGAAAUGUGGUUACUUAGUGGAUUCCAGGAGGCUGUUUGAUGAAAUCCCUGAAAGGAAUGUGGUUUCUUGGAAUGCUGUGUUCUCUUGUUAUACACAGAGUGAUUCUUUUAGGGAAGCUUUGGGGUUGUUUCAAGAAAUGGUUUGUAGUGGAAGUAGGCCUGAUGAGUUUAGCCUGUCAACUAUAUUGAAUGCUGCAACUGGACUAGGAGAUAUUAAUCAGGGGAAGAAGAUUCAUGGCUAUUUGGUGAAACUUGGAUAUGAGAGUGAUCCAUUCUCAUCAAAUGCACUUGUUGAUAUGUACGCAAAGGCAUGGGUUCUAGAAGAUGCGAUAGCAGUUUUUGAAAAUAUUGCUGAACCUGAUAUUGUUUCAUGGAAUGCUCUUAUAUCUGGUUGUGUAUUUCAUGAAUAUUAUUACAGGGCUUUGGAAUUGUUGGUUCAGAUGAAAAGAUCGGGACUAUGCCCAAAUAUGUUCACGCUAUCAAGUGCUCUUAAAUCUUGUUCAGCACUGGGUCUCCAAGGAAUGGGUGUACAGUUACACUCCAUUUUAAUAAAAAUGGAUUCAGUGAUGGAUUCACAUGUGAGUGUUGGUCUGAUUGACAUGUAUUGCAAGUGUGGUUUGAUGAAGGAUGCAGAGAUUCUCUAUAAUUUGAUGCCAGAAAUGGACUUGAUUGCACUGAAUGCCAUGAUCUCUGGAUACUCGCAGAAUGGGGAAGAUGGAGAAGCUGUAAACCUAUUUGCCGAAAUGUACAACCAAAGAAUGGAAUUUGACCCGGCAACUUUACUAGCAGUCCUCAAUGCAACUGCUGGCUUGCAAAAUGUCAAUGUCUGUAGACAAAUUCACGUCCUUAUUGCAAAGUCAGGGUAUCAAUCUGAUAACUUCGUUCUAAACAGUCUUAUAGAUUCAUAUGGAAAAUGCUCCCAUGUGGGUGAUGCUUCGAGAGUUUUUGAAGAAUGUCCUAAUCCAGAUUUGCCAUCUUUUACUUCAAUUAUUACAGCUUAUGCUCAAUAUGGACAAGGCGAAGAAGCUUUGAAGCUUUAUUUGAAUCUGCUGGAGAUGGAUCUUAAGCCAGACUCAUUUGUUUGCAGUUCUCUCCUUAAUGCAUCUGCACUUUUAUCAGCAUAUGAACAGGGGAAACAAAUUCAUGUUCAUGUAUUGAAACUUGGAUUUAUGUCCGAUGUUUUUUCUGGAAAUUCUCUUGUCAACAUGUAUGCCAAAUGCGGUAGCUUAGAGGAGGCUGGUCGUGCUUUCUACGAGAUUCCCAAUAGAGGUGUCGUCUCAUGGUCUGCAAUGAUUGGGGGCCUCGCACAACAUGGGCAUGGUAAAGAGGCCUUACAGGUAUUUGAUGAGAUGUUAAAGGAUGGUGUAUCUCCCAAUCAUGUAACAUUAGUUAGUGUUAUUUGUGCAUGUAAUCAUGCUGGUCUAGUUGACGAAGCCCAAAAAUAUUUUGAGACAAUGAAAGAGGAAUUUGGAAUUGAACCUACACCAGAGCAUUAUGCAUGCAUGAUUGAUGUUCUUGGCAGAGCAGGAAAGUUGGAUGGCGCAAUGAAUCUCGUAGAUAAGAUGCCAUUUGAAGCUAAUGCCUCCAUUUGGGGGGCACUUCUUGGUGCUGCAAGGAUUCACAAAAAUAUAGAGCUGGGCCAACAUGCUGCUGAGAUGCUCUUCACUCUUGAACCAGAAAAAUCUGGUACUCACGUUCUUCUUGCAAAUAUUUAUGCCUCAGCAGGAUCAUGGGAAAAUGUUGCUAAAGUUAGAAGAUUGAUGAAAAACAGUAAAGUGAAGAAGGAGCCAGGUAUGAGUUGGAUAGAGGUAAAAGACAAAAUAUACACUUUUAUAGUUGGAGAUAGAAGCCACUCUAGACGUGAAGAGAUAUAUGCAAAACUUGAGGAGUUGGGCCACUUAAUGGCCAAAGCUGGAUAUGUUCCUAUGAUAGAGAUUGACCUCCAUGAUGUGGGAAAGAGAGAGAAGGAACUUCUUCUCUCGUACCACAGUGAAAAACUUGCAGUAGCUUUUGCACUGAUUGCCACCCCACCAGGAGCUCCAAUUCGUGUGAAAAAGAACCUCCGAAUCUGUUUGGACUGCCAUACAGCAUUCAAGUAUAUUUGUAAAAUUGUUUCACGGGAAAUCAUUAUUAGAGACAUCAACCGCUUCCACCAUUUUAGAGAUGGAUCCUGUUCUUGUGGGGAUUACUGGUGACAAAUUGCAGAGGCCAACUGCUCAUUUUAGUUCUAAAAGAAUAUCCCAGUUUACGUGGUUGAGUCAUGCUGUGUGAGUUUCAGUAUCUGAUUUUUCUACAACUUCUCUGGGUUUACUAAAUUUCUCCUAUUAAUAUGACUGCUAUUCUCAAACUUUCUCUGAGACUGUGCUAGUUAAUGUGACAACUUAAUUUUAUACUGGUGAAACUCAUGUGGAUGGCUUUGUCGAGAACGUGCUUGUGAAUGUUAAGCCUUGGACUUCUGGAGUGCAGGAUGAAUUGACUGGUUCCUAUUUGUUUGUUUGUACUCAUAACGACUGAGACAGUAGAUAUGGUGUUUGUGGUCCAGUUCUGAUGGAGAAUUUUAAAGAGCAGAUAGAAAUCUAGUGUUUGAAGGACCAAGUACUUGUUACUGGUUGCUCUUGUGUUGGAGGCCACCAGCACGCAAUCAAUGCAACAAUUGUUAGUGUUGAUCAUGAACGAAAAAUAACUGGUAAUUGGUGAUAACCAGAUUUUAUUGCUGUCUGUUAGAUGGUGAGAAGAAUUGUUCUGGGAGCUGCAUGCAGUCUUCCUCCUUUCCAGCUCGUCACUAAGAAAUUCACUGUAUGUGAGCUCAAGUGAAGAGAGAUCAUGUUUUUUACUCUGACUAUGUAUCUAUAACAUCUACAAGUUUUUGAAGGGGCAGUUCUUGAGAAUCUCCAUUCCAUGAAUUUUUCAUUUUUCUUAUGGCCCGCACAUAUGUUCAGUUUAUUAUCUUACCUGUUUUAUAAGUUUUGAUAAGUCUUCCAAUUUUA